GCCCCGCCCAGGCCGGGCCCGGGGGCGCGGGGGGCGGGAUGCGGCGCCCGGGGCAGCGAUGACCGCGGCGCUCUUCUCGCGGGCCCGGCCCUGACCCUGCUGCCUGCCGCGCACCGCGCGCCGAUCCCUGUCGAGCGUCUACGCGCCGCGCUUCCUUUGCCUGGAGCUCAGCGCCGAGGGGGGCUGGACCCUGGCUCUGCGGCCGCGACCUGGGUCUUGCUUGCUUGAGCCCUGAGCCCUGAGCGGCGUCCACUCCAGCUCCCAGUGACCGCGUCCCUACUCCAGGUUCGACCGGCGAGAUGACGCGGACCCUGGCGCUGCUGCUACUGCUGCCGCCGUUGCUACUGGGGGUCCUCCCGUCGGCUGAGGCGGCGCGAGGACCCCCAAGAAUGGCAGACAAGGUGGUCCCACGGCAGGUGGCCCGCCUAGGCCGCACUGUUCGGCUACAGUGCCCGGUGGAGGGGGACCCACCACCAUUGACCAUGUGGACCAAAGAUGGCCGCACAAUCCACAGUGGCUGGAGUCGCUUCCGUGUGCUGCCCCAGGGGCUGAAGGUGAAGGAGGUGGAGCCCGAGGAUGCGGGUGUUUAUGUGUGCAAGGCCACCAACGGCUUUGGCAGCCUCAGCGUCAACUACACUCUCAUCAUUAUGGAUGAUGUCAAUCCAGGGAAGGAGAGCCCUGGACCAGGUGGUUCUUCUGGGGGCCAGGAGGACCCAGCCAGCCAGCAGUGGGCACGGCCUCGCUUCACGCAGCCCUCCAAGAUGAGGCGCCGAGUGAUUGCACGGCCUGUAGGUAGCUCUGUGCGGCUCAAGUGUGUGGCCAGUGGGCACCCACGGCCAGACAUCAUGUGGAUGAAGGAUGACCAGACCUUGGCACGGCCAGAGGCCAGUGAGCAUAGGAAGAAGAAGUGGACGCUGAGCUUGAAGAACCUGAGGCCUGAAGACAGUGGCAAGUACACAUGCCGUGUCUCCAACCGGGCCGGUGCCAUCAAUGCCACCUACAAAGUGGAUGUAAUCCAGCGGACCCGCUCCAAGCCUGUGCUCACAGGGACACACCCUGUGAAUACAACAGUGGACUUUGGUGGGACAACAUCCUUCCAGUGCAAGGUUCGCAGUGAUGUGAAACCUGUGAUCCAGUGGCUAAAGCGGGUGGAGUACGGCUCUGAGGGUCGCCACAACUCCACUAUUGAUGUGGGUGGCCAGAAGUUUGUGGUAUUGCCCACGGGUGACGUGUGGUCACGGCCUGAUGGCUCCUACCUCAACAAGCUGCUCAUCUCUCGGGCCCGCCAGGAUGAUGCUGGCAUGUAUAUCUGCCUGGGUGCAAACACCAUGGGCUACAGUUUUCGUAGUGCCUUCCUCACUGUAUUACCAGACCCCAAACCUCCAGGGCCUCCUGUGGCUCCUUCAUCCUCGACCACAAGCCUGCCAUGGCCUGUGGUGAUCGGUAUCCCGGCUGGUGCUGUCUUCAUUCUUGGCACUGUGCUGCUCUGGCUUUGCCAGGCCAAGAAGAAGCCAUGUGCCCCUGCAUCUACGCUCCCUGUGCCUGGGCAUCGUCCCCCAGGGGCAUCCCGAGACCGCAGUGGGGACAAAGACCUGUCCUCGUUAGCUGUGGGCCUGUGUGAGGAGCAUGGAUCCACCAUGCCCCCCCAGCACAUCCUGGCCUCUGGCUCAACCGCUGGCCCCAAGCUGUACCCCAAGCUGUACACAGAUGUGCACACACACCGCACACACACACAUGCACACACACACUCUCAUGUGGAGGGCAAGGUUCACCAGCACCAGCAUGUCCACUAUCAGUGCUAAAUGCAGCAAAUCUCCAAGCACUGUGCCCUGAGGUAGGCAUAUGGGGGCCAAGACAACAGGUUGGGAGGAUUGAAAGCAAUGGAGGAAGAAUAUCCUAGGGCCCUGUGGUAG